AUGGACACCAGGAACGCCAACAAGAAGUACAGGACGACGCCCGAGUUCGCAGAAUACCAGGCCGAGAACUUCUGGAAAAGCAACGAAGGCGAAGUGCCGCCCUUCAACACAGACCCCAGCAAACUCGAAGAAUUGGCUCAGAGGAAGCUGUCAGAAGGCGGUUGGUACUAUGCCUCCUCGAACGCCGGCCAAGCUCUUAGCCAUCUUGCGAAUCGACAAGCCUUCUACCGACACAAGAUCAUCCCGCGCAUGCUCGUAGACACCAACAAGCGCGAUAUAGCGUGGGAGAUCUGGGGACACAAAGUUGCUGCACCGAUCGGGUUCGCGCCAGUGGGCAUCAACAAGAUCUACAACGCAGCAGGAGAGCUCCCUGUGGCCAAGGUAGCAGGCGAACUGAACCUCUCAUACUGCCUCAGCACAGCAGGCUCGCAGCCAAUCGAAGACGUGGGCAAAGCAAACGGUAACGGCCCACGCUUUUUCCAGCUACACAUGCCCCACGACGACGAGCUCACCAUCUCCCUCCUUCAGCGCGCGCACGACUCCGGCUUCACAGCCUGUAUUCUGACCAUACAGCCAAACGAGGCGGGUAGGAAGUCGAUUGACAAUGUCUGGCAUGGAAGAGCACACGAUUGGAGCAAGAUGCCGUGGUUGAUCAAGACCUGGAAGGAGACUAGUGGAGGAAAGCCAUUUGCUAUCAAGGGUAUCCAGAGUGUGCAGGAUGCGAAGAAGUGUGUCGAAGUGGGAUGCGAUGGCGUUGUGGUGUCGAAUCACGCGGGUCGACAAGUCCAUGGCGCUAUCGGAAGUCUUGACGCGUUGGAUAAUAUCGUCAAUGCUGUCGGCGACAAGACCUACAUCAUGUUCGACUCUGGCAUCCGCGGCGCGACGGACAUCGUCAAGGCUCUGUCACUCGGCGCAAAGUUCGUCUUCGUCGGACGACUCUGGAUCUGGGGUCUGUCCAUCAUGGGCGAGCCUGGCGUUCGCCACGUCAUGAAGUCCCUCCUCGCCGAUCUAGAUAUCAUGAUGAACGUGGCGGGGAUCCAAAGUAUCGAUCAGCUUGAUCGGACCUGGCUGGAGAGUCAGCCAAAGAGCGAUUCGCUGAUCCAGGAGAGGGCGAAGCUUUGA